UGGAAAAUUGCAAUUGGGAAAUUUAAACGUGGAAGAAGUACAACUACACACAUUUUAUCUCUAUAAAAGGAGUCAUGUUGCCAUUUAAACUGCAUAACAAAUAUUUCAAUUAAAAUCGUAUAUUCUCCAUGCAUCAUUCAGUUGUCAAGGCCAUUCUUCUUUGUCUAUUUUCUGGUAUAUUUUUAUGCAGCGGGGUGGAAGCAAUAACUCUGUCAGAAAAUGUCUCCGUGUCAGCGGUCUUAGCAUUCGGAGACUCCUUCGUUGAUCAAGGGAAUAAUAACUAUAUCGUUACUUUGGGCAAGGCUAAUUUCCUUCCUUAUGGACAGGAUUUUGAGGGUGGAAAGCCAACUGGAAGAUUCUCCAAUGGGAGAACAAUAGCUGAUAUUCUCACCGAGGCAUUGGGAGUGAAGGAGUAUCUUCCAGCAUAUUUAGACCCUUCCCUACAAGAAGAAGAUUUUCGUUCAGGUGUAAGUUUUGCUUCUGGUGGUUGUGGCUAUGAUGAUUUAACAAACACAUUAUCGGGUGCUAUACCACUAUCAGAUCAAUUGGACAACUUCAAAGAAUACAUUGGGGAGCUCAAGAGGAAUAUCGGGGACGAAGGUGCCCAGAAAUUAAUCACCAACAGUGUAUUUUUGGUAGUAAUAAGCACCAACGAUCUGAUUAUUUCCCUUCCCAUCAGAAGCUUAUUUGAAAUUGAUGUCCCUGCAUAUCUUAACCAGCUGGUAAAAUCAGCCUUGGAUUUUGUACAGGUUGUGAAGAAAAUUGGAUUGCGGAAUCUAUUUACAAGAAGUCUUCCUAUCAGGAUCAUGCUCAURGGGCMUGUUGUGACUUUACAGUGGCUAUUCUAUGACACCAUCAAGGUGUUAAAUGGCCUACCGACAAGUGGGCACAUUCGUUCUGAAGUAGAAGAUACUGGGGCGAAGAUUCAAGAAAAUAUUGCAAUGAUCUACAGCCCUCGACUUGAACGAACCAUCAUUGAGUCCUCUACAACCCUCACUGUUUGCCAUCAUCGAGUCCUCUACACUCCUCUGCAUGCUGAGAAUCUCAAACUUGAAGCCCUCAAUGUUUGCGAUAUGUCGUUGAAAAACUGA